AAAAGAACCGAAAAAAGCAGUCCGCAAACCGACACUAAACAAGGACACCUUCAUCCCACUAUCACUCUCUCUUACAUGUUUUAUUUGUCUUGUCUUAAACACUAAACCCCUUUGCGCUCUCUCACACUUUUCCUCUUACGCAUAAACUUCUCUAACUCAGACACCUCCAUUGUUACCUCAACCUCAGCUUUUAGCUUUAGUUUCUCCCUUCGUUACCCUAAUUUGUUCUUAUCAACCAUGGCUGCUACUUUACUGUUUUCACUGCUCAUUCUUGCCAUCACUGCAGGCCACUCAAGUGGUGCGACGGGCAAAUGGUGUGUUUGCAAAGAUGGUGUGGGUGAUGGAAACUUGCAGAAGACGUUGGACUAUGCUUGUGGAAACGGUGCUGACUGUAACCCUAUCCGUUCAAAUGGACCUUGUUACAACCCCAACACUGUUAAAGCACAUUGCAAUUAUGCUGUUAACAGCUAUUUCCAAAAAAAAGGCCAAGGUCAAGGCUCCUGUGAAUUUGCUGGCACGGCAGCUAUCACUACAACUGACCCUAGCUCUGGUGGCUGUUCUUACCCCUCCAGUGCCAGUGGUGGAGGCACGACCUUAACACCAACAACACCGGGCACGACAACAACUCCAUCAUCAUCAACAACCACCACGCCCUCCAUCAUGACCCCAGGCACCAACACCCCAACAAGCACUACCCCCUACAGUUCAACAACACCUACCGGAGUGUUAGGAGGAGUCGGCACCGGCUUAGGCCCAUCCGGAACCACCUCCACCAACACUGAUUACAGCCACGGAGGAUUCCGGCUCCAACCCAUUUCUUCCUUCACAACCCUCCUGUUUUCAGGCUUCAUGCUGAUUUGGGGUUGAAUACUACAAACCAGCAAUGAGCCUAUAUGUAAUAUUCAGAUGUUUUAUCUAAGGACAUGUUAAAGCUAAGGGUUUUUUUUUUUGGGGGGGGGGGGAGGGGGUAUUUUCUUCCAUGGAAACGGGGACUUUAUUCCUUUCUAAAGCAUGGUUUGUGGUGAAUGAUGGAUAUGCAGUGUUAUCUUCUUUCUUAUUUAAUGUUUUGAUGUAAAUCUAGGUCUAGAAUAGUAGAAUUCAAGUAAUUUAUUAAUUUAAACAGAAUUUCGCACCA